UCACAGCAUCAGGCUCUAUUGUCCGACUCCCGUUCAUACAGAAUAACGAUGGCUUCUUUCAAAGAUGCGGUGCUAGCUGCCGAAGCUGCCAAUACCAUCUCGGCGUUUAUUGCCCAAGAACAAGUUCGGACCUUCUCGGAUCUCAAGCAUGCCCUCUAUCAGCCAUCCACGACUACGCACAAUCAGGAUGCUACAGGAACUUCGCAUUCUGCAAGCGUCAUAGUUCUGUGCGCAUCCGCAGUUCUGUCCACCGCGGAGACUGUCAUGUCCGUGGUGACGGAGCUAACCAAAACGACUGGCGCAUAUUCAUCAAGUCAAGAAUCUUUCGUUUUUGUUCUCUGUGGAGGAAUUGGCCAUUCAACUCAGUUGAUGCACAACGCUGUUCUUCGUCACCCACAGUACAACACUCUUGCCGAACAAGUACAGGGACAGCCCGAAGGCCGCAUCUUGCAAGCGAUAUGGGAGAGAUUCUUCGAUCUGCAAGCCAACAGCAACAACCCGGGGUCCGGGGAUACACAGCGGCAAGGCCUGACCGUUCUUGUGGAGGACGCUUCAACGAACUGUGCACUCAAUGCCCAGAAGACGAGAGAGCUUUUAGAUGCUCACGGAAUCAAGUCACCAAGAUCGAUAGUAGUUGCUCAGGAUCCCACUAUGUGCAGGCGUACAGUGGCCGCAUUCGAACAGGUGUACGCCGACACGAUCGAAGGGCCUCCAAUUUUCAGCAGUUGGCCAACAUUCAUACCGAAAGUGAUGGCCAAAGAAGCUUCAGUAGGAGACACCAACAGCCUCUUGUCGUAUUUGGAUUUUUCCGACUUGGGUAUAGGGGACAGUUGGAAAAAGGGCCUCUGGAGUAUGGAUCGGUUCAUGUCUCUGCUUGUCGGCGAAAUCCCACGAAUGCGUGACGACGAGAAUGGAUACGGACCAAAUGGGAAGGGUUCCAUCGUUCAUGUGGACAUACCUCAAGAUGUUGAGGAUGCUUGGAAGACACUCUGUGAACUACUCGGGUACAGUGGACGAUGA